AUGGAUCCAUUUCUAGAUGCAUUUUUUGCUGUGGAUCUUGAUCGUGAUGAAAAAAUCAGUAUGCGUGAUCUCAAGAACUAUGUGGAAAGAAAUAAUUUGGAUGAAAAAAUGAUUGAAAACUGGGGAAACUUAUUCGAUCCAGAGAAUACUGGUUAUAUAACAUUAGGAAAGUUUUGCGAUGUACUAGGAGUAAGAAUGGAAGAUGCACGAAAGGUUAGGGAUGAAUUUAUAAAUCGUUCAUCCAACUUACUUCCAGCCGACAUCAGUGUUAUAUCACAUCAAAUGAAUAUUAAUGAUCAGAAACAAAUAAGUGAUCAAGCCAGAAGUUUAUUGUCUCCACCUAACCAAUUGGAUAAUAAAGAGAUUGCACAUCGUUUAAAAUUAUGGCUACAUAAGACGUAUGGUCCAACAUGGCAUGUCGUUGUAUUACGUGGAGCUUAUGGCACAUCAUAUACACAUUUAGAGAAUCGAUCAUUUCAAUUUCGGCUACGAGACAGAUGUUUUUUAAUUUGGGGCACACCCGAUAAGUUACAAUCGAUUUAA